UGCCCCUCCCUGCCGCUGAGGCAGCCAGCCCAACCUGCUAGGUUGCUAGGGACGCGCUGCCUGCAACCGCCAUGCAGAAGAAUGGGCAGUAAGAAGAAGGAGAUAUUGCUGCAGAUUACUAUCAGUAACCAGGAGCUGUGGGAGGAAAUGCUGUGUUUCAAAGGACUGAUGGUUGUUGAUGUGUAUCAAGCCUGGUGUGGUCCAUGCAAAACGGUAGUGAACCUUUUCAGGAAAAUAAAGAAUGAGCUUGGUGAUGACCUUCUGCAUUUUGCUGUGGCUGAAGUAGAUUCCAUUGAUGCUCUGGAAAAAUAUCGAGGAAAAUGUGAACCUACUUUUCUCUUCUAUGCAGGAGGAGAAUUGGUAGCUGUUGUAAGAGGAGCUAAUGCACCAUUGCUCCAGAAAACCAUCCUGGAACAGCUAGCAGCAGAAAGGAAGGUCCUAGAGCAUGGAGCAGAGCGUGUGGUGAUCAAGGAUGAAACCCUCUACAAAGAAGAAAAUCCAGCUGCCACUCAGAAAAAAGAACAGGGGGGUGAGCAGGAUUAACAAGCCCACAGACCUCUGGGGUGGUUUUAUCUGUUGCCGUCUGGGAAAGGAGGAAUCUUACAACUGAUUUCCCUGGUAAACAUGCUGCUCGACCUGACGAUGUGGAUUUGCUCCUUCAUCUGGAGGUACCUGCACAACUCCUAGGGUUCAUGGAAUGUGAUUAAAAACUGUUCACAGG